GAACAGACUGGCCAUCUCGGCACUAAGUUCGGCCAACCCCAGGGCUGUGCUGACGUCGCCGGCCGCCAAGAUUGCCGAGCAGCAGGUGUUCAACAUCAAGAUCCCCUUCGAGGGCGGCCCGAUCACGAACCAGAGGCAGAGUGGCCGCUGCUGACUGUUCGCUAGCACCAACGUGUUCCGGGUGGCACUGAUGCAGAAAUACGGGCUCGAGUCGUUCGAGCUCUCGCAGUCGUAUCUCUUCUACUGGGACAAGUUGGAGAAGAACAACUGGUUCCUGGAGCAGAUCAUCUCGACGGCGGACAUGGAUAUUGACUCACGGCUUGUGCAGACGCUGUUGCGUGAGCCGCUGAGCGAUGGCGGUCAGGUAUGACUUGAAUGACUGACUCCCCUGUCCCGGUGUUAAGAAACCAAAAAAAAAAAAAAAAAAAAAAA